AAAGCUAAACUUUUUAGAAAAAAAAAAAAAAACAGGAAACAUAUCCAGCAACAAAACACAGUAGAGAUGGACGUUGUGGCGAAGUGUUUUAACAAGCUACUUCUUGUUGCCGAGCGCUCCUAAAUCUGUGAAAUGACAUAUGAACUCAUUUCAUUGUCCAUUUCAUGGUCUUGGUCUUCCUUGAAUGUGAACCUCCAGAUUCAAGACUUCAUCAAACCCCCAACAGGUUUUCUUCCAGGAUUUUAGCUCCAUUCAUCCUCCCAUCAACGGGUUUGAAAUCGUACCACUCUAAAGAGGGUGCCCUUACUUUUCCCAGCUCUGCUGCUGCUGUCCUCCCUGUUUUAGUGGUCACCCAUAAGCCUAUUUGCAUCCCAAAUGAGAUAGCGAUGGGUUUACAUGUCAGUGGCGAUGGCGCGGACUAUUCUCUGUGUGAGAGCAUUAGUGGGGCUAAAAGAGGUAAUACCAUCAGGGCCAGCUCAGUUCAUGAGGAUACGUCGCUCUGCAGAAGACGGCGACCAGAGGGGAUCGGUUAGCUCCACAGGCAUCAGCGAAGGGGAGCGCAGUCCAACAAAUGCGCCGAUAUCCGCAUCUUCAAAGAUAUGUUUGCCAAGUUUAAGGGCCUCUUCUCAGGCCCGCAGGUUCCAGCUGAUACUGGGACCACUAAGGCAUCACCAGCCCCUCCACCUGCUCCAGCACCUCCACCUGCUCCAGCACCUCCACCUGCUCCAGCACCAGCUAAGGAGGAGAAGCCGAACGAGAAAGAAAAUGAAGCGAAGAAAGAGGAGCAACCGCAGGCUCCGGCCCCAGCACCAGCCUCAGCUCCAGCUCCGGCUCCAGCAGCCACACCUGCAGACCCUGAGCAGCCGGGGCCUGAAGGACAAGAUGAGGCCCCUCCUCCGCCGAUUGUCAUCAACAAAUAUUCAGAUGAGCAGCUCAGAAACGUAGCCCAACGGAUGAAAGAAAGACUGAAAUUAUACAAGGAGAAAGUGAUUGAUCAGUACGCGUCGUCCCCUGAGAUAACCCCUCCUGUCACUCCACUGCUGCUUAAAGACGAAUAUGCCAGAGUGAUGGAGGAAAGGGCGAGGCAAGCAGAGGAGGACAGGAUAAAGAAGGAGGAGGCAGAUAAGAAGAAGAAAGAAGAACAGGAGAAGAAGAAGAAGGAAGCUGAGCAGAAGAAGAAAGAGGAGGAGGAGAAAAGGAAAGAAGAGGAGAAGAAAGUGAAGGUGCCCUUAAAGACGAGGUUGACUGCAGCUUACUGGGCGUCGGUGGACUUUGUGAUGAACCCGCUGGCGAACCGGAUGGAUUCCGUCCUGGGUGCCACCAUCGACCCCUUCACGGAUCGUCGCUACAUCGCGUGGCUGAGCCUGGUCACGGUGGCCAUCAACUACAACACGUGGUUCAUCCCCGCCAGAAUGUGUUUCCCGUACCACAACGAGUUCGUCAACCCUAUCUGGUUCACCAUGGACGUCCUGUCGGACGUCAUUUACCUACUAGAUGCCAUCUUCUUUCAGCCUCGCAAGCAGUUUGUCAAAGGAGGAGACAUCAUAAAAGACCGUGCCUCGACAACGAAGCACUACAGGGAAUCAGAGAGAUUACUGGCAGACGUGGUUUCUCUUCUGCCAUUCGACUUGUUGUACCUGCAGUUCGGAUUCAAAUCUGGUUUCAGAGUCAACCGCUUACUAAAGAUAGAUACAUUUUUCGAGUUCAGUGACCGUCUGGAGAGCAUCUUGGCCAAGGCGUACAUCUGGAGAGUGAUUCGUACCAUUGGGUAUCUCCUCUUUAUGCUCCACCUGAACGCUUGCUUCUACUACGUGGCCUCGGAGUACCAGGGCAUCGGUGGAACAAAAUGGGUCUACUCCGGUCUGGGCAGCGCGUACCUGCGCUGCUACUACUUUGCCGUCCGCAGUUUGAUCAACAUCGGGGGACUUAACGAGCCUCACACGGUCUUUGAGAUUACCUUUCAGAUGACUAACUUUUUCGUAGGCGUCUUUGUGUUCUCCAGUUUGAUUGGACAGAUGAGAGAUGUGAUUGGCGCGGCCACAGCAGGACAGACCUACUUUCGAACCUCCAUGGACAACACAGUGGCUUACAUGGUGACCAACAACAUCCCCUCUCUGGUGCAGAACAGGGUGCGCACCUGGUACACCUACACUUGGGACGCUCAGGGCAUGCUGGAUGAGUCUGAACUGCUGGAUAAGAUGCCUCUCGUAAUGAGAACGGCCAUUGCAGUGGACAUCAACCUGGCGACGUUUCAGAAGAUCGAUCUUUUCAAGGGCUGCGACCAGCAGAUGUUGGUGGACAUGCUGCUGAGACUGAAGUCCAUCAUCUACCUACCGGGAGACUUUGUGGUGAAAAAAGGCGACAUCGGGAAGGAGAUGUACAUCAUCAAAAGCGGAGCGGUGCAGGUGGUGGGAGGGCCUGACAAUAGCAUCGUGUUUGUAACGCUGAAGGCCGGCUGCGUGUUCGGAGAAAUCAGCUUGUUGCAGUCUUCUAAGGACGGAGGGAACAGGCGAACAGCCAACGUCAAAGCUUACGGCUUCGCGAACCUUUUUGUUCUGGAGAAGAAGGACCUGUUUGACAUUCUCAUCCACUACCCAGAGUCUCAGAAGGUGUUGGCCAGAAAAGGGAGAAAACUAAUGAAGGCAAAGGGCCCGGCGGCAGCAAAAGUAGAGGAGGAGAAGAAGAAAGGGCUGGCGCUGUUCGGCCCCAAACCGCCAACGCCCAAACUGCUGCGAGCUUUCGGAGGAAACUUUAAUAAAAAGAUGUUUAACCAAAUAAAGGAAAAGUGAGGACUCAGCUAAACUGUGUAUUUUUGUUGAUAACUCCAUUUUGGGAGUAAAGGUACAGCUUUGUUUCAGGUUCUUUUCAUUGUUUUACAUCAAGUGUUUUGUUUUAACGUGACGUAAAUCACGUGCUGUGCAUGCAUGUGUACAUUUGGUAAUACAAUCACUGGCAUCAGAGCUGUGGAUCCUGAUUAAAUGGCCAUUCUGCUCCCACUGGCCUUUGCUUUUUGCUACCACAAAUAAAAUCAAUUAACAUUCAAAACGCAACGCUGUUUUGAAUAAGCUAUGUGUAAUAUCUGCACACAGCUCGUCUGUCUGUAUAUUGUAGUUGUUAUCUGAUGAAUCUUGAAACCUGCUGCCACCUUCUAAUAGUUUUGCUGCCAGAAAGUCAUUGGUGCUUGCAUUGUUUUCAAUGUUGCAAUGCAAGCUAAUAAGAAACAGAAACUUGGCUUUUUCUCAAUUUGUAAAAAAAAAGGCACUGGUUUCAUGAACUACUUCUAAUGGUGGGCAAUGCAGGAUGUUUGUCGUUUUGUUUUACACUGAAUGUAUUUGUCUUUUUAUGGCUUUAUUGUCCAGUUCUGUUGUUUUGUUUUUUUUGUUUUUUUUUUACACACUUAUUUCAUUAUUAUUAUUAUUUCAAGUGACUGAUUUAAUCCUCCAUAUUUUCCUUAAUAAAUGACUGACAGAUGUAA